AUCUGUAUCCGUAAUACGGAUGAUUAGGUACAAAUACAAGUACUCUAGUGUAUCCGUACAUGUACAAUGCAAUACGGAUACUCUAGGAAGGUACAACUUGGCGGCAACAUCCCAGAGCCUGCACAGAGCGCGGUGAAGCCACGUUGAGUGGCAGAUUGACUCCAAAUCUUUCGAUCAGCGCUGGAACGGCCAUCAGUCGCAUCAUUUAGCCAACCCGACAAAACAAUCUUGUCCAUAAUCUGACUUCGUCACUGGAAUUGCUCAAGAUGGCGGAGCAGCUGCUGGACCAAAUUCGCGACGUGUUUGAGGGACAGAUUGAUUUUGAGGGGCAGAAACUGGCCGAGUUCCUCGUCAAUGUCGCCCUGAUGCUUGUUGGGGCCAUCGCCUUCUUCGCCGGCUAUCUCUUGCAGGACAUCAAGCUCGCCGUUUACCUCGGCCUUGGGGGCACCGUCUUGGUUUUUGUCCUCGUCGUUCCGCCCUGGCCCUUCUUCAACCGAAAUCCUGUCAAGUGGUUACCGGUUCGAGGUGGGAUAUCUGCGCCGGCGAACUUGGUAGUGGAUGAUAAGGUUCUUGGGUGAAAUCAAGGUUGUGGGACACGCGAAAGUACGGAGCCAAAUGCAGAAAGAAUUAUCGUCAAUUCAUCAGUUAUGAGAGGCUCUCCAUCGGCGCCUAAACCGGAUCUAGGUUGGCCUUGUAAUGGGAGAACUCGACCCGCAAUACCAUUUGCAAAGACCGUGCCUGGACUUUCCUUGCAAGCGGUUUAUGACUGCGGCGUGUGCAUCUUGAGCUUUCCUAUGACCAGGAGCCAUGGAAUAUAUGCGUUGAUCAUCCGACGACCAUUCCCACUUAUCUCCCGUACUUCUGGAACUCCCAGUCUCUAUUGUCAAGAGGGCAGACUUGGCGAGCUUUGAGCCACCUUGAUAUGCAAUGA